UCGUCGUGGAUAGCACUAUAUCCACCAUACUCUGCAGCGUAAUUCGUAGCUGUCUCACAUCGACUAUCCAACUUCAUUGUAACCCCAAUUCACCCAAACGAACUUUGUUCAAUCAUUAUGCCAGGCACUCUUGUCGCGCGCAACACCACCGGCAAGGUGGGCAUGUGGAAUGGCACUCGCGACGGGGAAAACGCCUACAUCGACCACGCCAACGGCUCGACCAACAUCAAACCUCCGAAAGAAAUCGAUAUCACCGUGACGGACCUCCGCUCAGUGUCGCCGCAGCCCACCCACGCCAGCAAAGGCUACCAGGUUGUCCGCCACACCACCUCCAUCCGCCCAGAGCAGUUCCUCGCCGCCGCCGACACCGAGGAAGGCAAAUUCACGAUUGAAGCGCAGUACUACCCAGAAGUCCAGAAACUCGUCACCGAGGUCACCGGCGCCGCAACAGUGAUCCCGUUCGGGUUCCGCGUGCGCCAGCAGAACCUGAAUGCAAAGAACGUCUUCGCCGCCAAGUCCAAGGGGAGCUCUCUGGCUGUGGCGCACGUCGACCGCGACCUGGACAACGGGUUCUUGCGGCUGCAGAACGUCGUCGGUGCUGAGGAGGCCGAGCGCCUCGUGCGCACCCACCGGCGCUGGGCCUCCGUCAAUGUGUGGCGGUCCAUCGACCAGGCCGUCAAGCAGUGGCCGCUGCUACUGAUUAACCACGAGAAGAUCGAGGACUGGCAUUAUGACACACACAUGGAACGCUUGUACACCAUCAAUGACCCCUCCGAGGCGGAGACCGGGGGCAAGGACCACGACACGGUGCUGAAGUUCGAUCCGCGCUACGAGUACUACUUUGCCAGUGACCUGGACGUCGAUGAGGCGUUGGUGUUCAGCUCUUUCGAUACCGAUGUGACCAAGGUCGUGCCGCAUGGAGCGUUCUGGGAUAAUGACACUCCGGAAGAUGCGCCGACGAGGCGGUCCAUCGAGGCGAGGUCGUUUGUCUUUUGGGAUCCGAUUGAGGCGUGACCGUUUUAUGUACUUAGCUAUUCUUGAUUCCCUGUUCCAAAUGUGAUCGACUGGUUUUACUUUUGGCUUUGGUUGGAAACAUCUUGU